CUUCCUCUCUUUUAGCUGAAAGAACAAAUAUUGAGAGCUUUUGCAGGACGGCCUUUGCUAGUCAGUUGGCUUCGUCCUUAUUGUUGGCUAGUUUGGAACAAAAUCAAGCAAGUUCGGUCGCUAAAUUGUGGUGUCCGCCGACGAAGAAAUCUCUGCAUCCCUGCUACUUCUCAAGUUGCAGUUCCAAUUCUAGCAAGGAAUUUAGCAGGAGGAAACUCUGAAAUUAAGAAAUGGCUGCAACACCUGCAUACCACAUAGCAAUGUACCCUUGGUUUGCCUUUGGUCACCUUACACCAUUUCUUCACCUUGCAAACAAACUAGCACAGGCAGGCCACAAAAUCUCCUUUCUUCUCCCCACCAGAACUCAGUCCAAGUUACAGCAAUUCAACCUCCAUCCGGACAUCAUUACCUUCAUUCCAAUUACUGUUCCCCAUGUGGAUGGCCUCCCUCCAGGAGCUGAAACCACCUCAGAUGUACCUUUCCCUUCUUUCACACAUAUCAUGACUGCCAUGGACCGUACUGAGAGUGAUAUUGAAGUAUUACUUCGCAAUUUAAAACCCAAUACUGUCAUCUUUGAUUUCACCUACUGGAUGCCAAGACUGGCUCGUCGCUUAGGUAUUAAGUCCAUUUACUACUGCGUUGUUAGCUCGGUAACUAUUGGAUAUAUUAUGUCUCCGGAAAGACGACUAAGUGGUAACAAGUUGACUAAAGCUGACCUUAUGCAGCCACCAUUAGGCUUUCCAGACUUGCCGAUCAAGCUCAAAGCUCACGAGGCAGAAGUCUACAUUGCAAGGAGAGUUAUGAAGUUUGGUAGUGAUGUCAUGUUCUGUGAUCGCAUAUAUAUGGGAAUGAGCCACUGUGAUGCAAUUGGAUUCAGGACAUGCCGAGAAAUUGAAGGACCUUAUGCUGACUAUGUUGGAAACCAGUUUGACAAGCCAGUCUUAUUUUCAGGACCAGUUAUCCCAGAGCCAAACACCUCAACUUUAGAAGAGAAGUUGUAUAAGUGGCUCGUAGAAUUCAAGGCCAAUUCUGUGAUAUACUGUGCUUUUGGAAGUGAAUGCACUUUGGAGAAGGAUCAGUUUGAAGAGUUGCUCUUAGGUUUGGAGCUCACUGGUAUGCCAUUCUUGGCAGCACUUAAACCACCUGCGGGUUAUGAGUCAAUUGAACUUGCAUUGCCCCAAGGUUUUCAAGAGAGGAUCUGUGGAAGAGGUAUGGUCCAUGGAGGAUGGGUUCAGCAGCAAUUGAUUCUGGAGCAUCCAUCAGUUGGAUGCUUCAUUACACAUUGUGGAUCCGGUUCCUUAUCUGAGGCAUUGAUAAAUAAAUGUCAGCUGGUUCUGCUACCACAUGUAGGUGACCAUAUAUUCCAAGCAAGACUGAUGAGCCUGCAUUUGAAGGUGGGAGUGGAGGUGGAGAAAGGAGAAGAAGAUGGGUUAUUCACCAAGGAAACUGUCUACAAGGCUGUGAGAACUGUAAUGGAGGAAGAAAGUGAGUUUGGCAGAGAUGUCAAAACCAACCGUGCACAACUGAGAGAGUUUUUGAGCAGCAAAAGUCUAGAGUCCUCUUACAUUGACAGUUUCAAUGAACAGCUUCGAGUUCUUCUUGGAUAGCUACUCUUUUGAUGGCUGUAUCAACUUUAAUGUCUGCAACAUACCUCUUAAUGUAUUAGUUUUGAUGAGUGCUUAAAGCCCAGCCAUAUUUUCCUGGUUUAAGUAAUUAUGAAAGAAAGAGGGUGUGAUUGUUUAACCUUUCCAA